ACCGGAAGCUGUGGCGUCCUUUUCCUCCCAGGGUUCAUCAUCAUGGUGUUCAAGCGCUUCGUUGAGAUCGGACGCGUCGCCUACAUUGCCUUCGGUCCCCAUGAAGGCAAACUGGUGACCAUUGUAGAUGUGAUCGAUCAGAACAGGGCGCUGGUAGACGGACCCUGCACCGGCGUGAGGAGGCAGUCGAUGCCCUUCAAGUGCAUGCAGCUCACCGAUUACGUCAUCAAAGUUCCUCAUGGCGCUCGUCAGAAGUUUGUGAGGCGCGCUUGGGAGAAAGCUGAGGUCAGCAAGAAAUGGGAAGAGAGCAGCUGGGCCAAGAAAAUCGAAGCCAGGGAAAAGAGAUCCAAGAUGACUGACUUCGACCGCUACAAGGUCAUGAAGGCCAAGAAAAUGAGGAACAAGAUCAUCAAACACGAGACGAAGAAACUCCAGAAAGCCGCAGCAGCUUCAGCUGCAGCAAAAAAAAAGGCUUAAAUACUGUUCAAUAAAUGUUUGAGUUCA